AAGCUUAAAAUAAAGAGUAAACACCAGCAAAACAUCAAAAAAGAUGUAAACUCAAUGUUGACAAGUGGAACACUCUCUCACUUUAAUUCAUUUUUGUGUAGUUUCCUUUAAUCACAAAUUGAUUAAUAAAAGGGCAUACAACUAUGAACAAGCAGAUUGUGACGAAUUUGAUAAAAGUCAUCAGCAAGUCCACUGACAAAAAUUCAAUUUACAAAGCGUUGGUGAAAUUACGAACAGAUCUCGUAAAAGACAAACAUGGUGUUACACUUCUGCUUGAAGUUGAGGGUUCCAUUGGUUCUUUGGUACGGUUAAUAAGCAAACCGUACGAAAAAAUCUUAGAAGUUGCUCUCAGCAUAUUGGGCAAUGCGUGUACAUUGAAGGAGUGCAGUAAACAGGCAAUACAACACGGUGUUGUUCCUACUCUGUUGACAAUCCUAAAAAGUAUUCCCAGUUCGAGCGUACAGUCGAAAGCUUACAGACUGCUGGGUAACUUGGCUCGUGAAUCGAACGAAAAGAUUUGUAAUCUGGCUAAAGGCAUUGGUAUCGCAAUAGCCGCGGUUCUCGAGGAUAAUAAAGAUGUUCACACACUCAAUAUGGGUGUUCGUGCAGCAAGGCUACUCUGGAGUGAGAUGACAUUCUAUGAAGAGUUUAGCCGUUACGAGGGUGUGAAGAAGAUCAUCCGAAUCAUGGUCAAGCUGACGAAAAUGGAACCGACGGUUGUUGUUAAGUCAAUUGUUGAAGAAGAUCCGGAGCAGAAAGCACGAGUUGACUUUAUGGUGGAGCACAUUCAGGUCAUGGAAACGAUAAAUAGUAACGCAUUCGACAGAGAAAUAUUAAAAAAGGCAAAACCCGCGGAGGAUGCCUUUGUUCUACCCGAAAACAGUGCCGAAAAGGAACUUUUGCACGAAAUAUUCAGAUGCUUACAAACGGUGACUCAGGGACCAUUGCUACGCGUAAUCUACGAUUUCUAUAUUGAAGCUUCCGGAUGCAGUUGUAUCGUCUACUUUGCCAAGGCCGAUAGUCCAUUCCGAACGCUAUGUUUGAAGAUUCUCUCAAAUUUGUCAAAGAGUCAGAAUUCAACAGACUUUCUACGUUCUGCCGAUGCUAUCACAACGGCGUGCAGCUUAAUUACAAAUCAAAAUUUAGUUCCACCAUUAAGCGAAUCUGAGGAGAGACACUGCAUCAGCAUCAUAUGCUUGCUGGCCAAUGACUCAUGUAACCGAGCAAAGAUUCGUAUGAGUGGAGCUAUUAAAAGGAUCAUAGAAGUAGCCAAGAAUACUAAAUGCGAUGACACUUUAUCAAUGAUCCUCUUUGGUCUGCAAAACUUCCGAUACGACAACAACAGCAUCGAUCUGAUGAUCAAAAUGCGAUUGGUGAAUGUGUUAAUCGAACGUUUGGAUUUGAAUUUAAAGGAUCUGACGGAAACUCACGACAAAAAACUGAAACGAACAUCGACCGCCGACCCCGUUGACACUGAAGUCGCAAUAGAUAAAGGACGCGACGACGAAGAUUCGGAUACACCAACGGUGAAGAAGAUGAAAUUGGACUACUUUCCAUUCACUGUCAAUAAAGAAGCAUCCAUAUCUCCGACCAGCAGUGGAAAUUUUAAUUAUUUAUUUCCGAGCAGUCCAUGCAGUUCAACAAGUCUAUCUCCACAAAGUACCCCAACGCGUGUCAAUGAGUUCCCAGAGGAUUAUGAUUCCGAAUAUUCACCCGUGUGUAGUGACAUUGAGGAUGUCAAUGAGGACGAGACAAUCGAACAAAAUACUAUAAAAGAUUGUGAUAAAAAUGGUAUGAGUGUGAUGAAGUUGAUGGAAAUGAUUGAGGAUACAAUGCAAUCGGAACAGGAAGAUGUGGAGGACAAGGAGAGCACGGCUUAUGAGAUAGUCGAAAAGAACAAAAUUGUACAGUUAAUUGUAAGUACUUUAUGUAGCAUUUCAAAUCGCAUGAAACAUGGCUCUGAUUUGUGCACACCAGACAUUUUGAACACCUUAAUUCAAACGUGUCGUCUGGCAUUUCGGCGAAAGAUUCCAACAGCUGUGUGGAAUCAUCAAGGUGUUCCGUUAGUGUUGUCACACAUUGUCAGCGACGUUACGAACUUUGUGCCAAUAAUCAAACAGAAUUUCAUCUUCAAAUUGUACGAGAUGACAAUGACUGUUGAUGAUCGUGAUGAAUGCAGUACGUGUCGUGAUAUGUAUGACGUCGGUAAGGGAUUGUUGAAUUUGCUGCGAAAUUUGGGUGAAAACGGAUACGGUCGUGGUGAGAUGGCCCAUUUGCUAUUUAAGGGUGAUCAGUCAAUUAAACGGCAAGUGGCCGUUGUAACAACGUACAUAAUAAGCGAUCCAAAAAUUCUGCAUAAAUUGCUAGUGGAAUGUAGUGGCAUUUACAUCAUCAUGGACAUCAUUCUGACGAAAAACGAUAAUCUAGCAAACGAUGCAGUAACCGGACUGUCAUCGCUGUCGGACGUACUGAAUAUAACCGUACCCAAAUGCAAUAAAAAGAACAUCAACCGCGAUGUACCGUACGAUGCCAAUAUGGAAUUCGAGCAGAGCAGCGAUCAAUCGUUCAUCACAGUAAUUGCCGGUAAAAGUCCCGAAGCGACCAAUCGCAUCGAAUUCAACGAAGAAAUUCUGAUGAAAAGUUGUGAAGUAUUCAGUCGCAUGCUGAACACCGACUUCAAAGAGUCUCACGAGAAACGAAUCAAUUUAACGAAUCAAACGAUUGAAGGAGUCAAAUACUUUCUCCAUGUGAUCUUGCAAUCAUCGAACAACCAGUCGCUGCAUGUGCCCGGCUCCGAUUUGAUAACCGCUGUGCUGGAGACAUACGACAUGACAAAGAUUUACAUGCUAACCGAAUUGGAAGAGGAUGUGUUCAAUGUAAUCGUGUGCAUGCUGAAUGAGAGUACAGUGCUGAAAAUAUUCCGGUUUUCCAUGUUGAAUCACAAGCCCGAACUGACGGAACUAGCCAUUAAUUACUAUUUAAGUGCCAGCAUUUUUGCUGAAUUGAAAGUGAAUAUGUUUAGGGAAGCAGACAAUUCCGAAUAUGAUACGGAAUGGAAUCAGAUGAUAUUAGAUGCGGUGGUGUGUACUAUACAAAACAUGAUUACGUAAAAUAUACAAAAAGUGCUAC